AUGGCGAGCAAGGCGCCCACCACGGGCAACCUCACGCCCGACUUCGUGGCGACGGACUACAUGAAGUUCUUUGGAGCUGGCGCGUUGGCAGCAUGUGGAACUCACGGUGCCGCCACGCCAAUCGACGUUGUCAAGACGCGCAUCCAAGUCGACGACAAACUCAAAGGCCAAAACAUGCUCCGCGCAGGACGAUCAAUCGUGGCCGGCGAAGGAGCGGCAGCUCUUCUCACAGGCUUCGGGCCCACAGCUGUCGGCUACCUCGUGCAAGGCGGUGGCAAGUUCAUGGGCUAUGAGUUCUUCAAAAAGAAGUUCGUCGACUGGGCUGGGACGGAGCAGGUGGCGACGAAGUACCGCAUGCCCAUCUACCUGUCCGCAUCAGCAGCCGGAGAGUUCUUUGCCGACAUCGCGCUGUGCCCUCUGGAGGCUACGAGGAUCCGACUGGUCUCGCAACGAGGGUACGCUACUGGCCUAAUACCCGGCUUUGCACGUCUGGCGCGGGAAGAAGGCUUCCGAGGAUUCUACUCUGGUUUCGUGCCUUUGAUCUUCAAGCAAAUCCCGUACGCUGUGGGUCAGUUCAGCGUACACGAGUUUGCGAACGAGGCAAUCUUUCGUGCCAUGGGUCCGGAGCGGAAGGCCAAGCUCAGCCAUAUCGAGGCGACUGGUGUUGAGCUCGCAUCCGGCAUGACUGCAGGUGUCGCGGCCGCUGUGCUCAGUCAUCCUGCUGAUACGCUGUUGUCGGCCAUCAACAAGGGUGCUGGUGACAAGGGUCAGUCUACCACUGGGAGAAUGUUUUCUUUGGCGAGAGAAUUUGGCCCGAAACGUCUCUUGCUUUCUGGGUUGGGGCCCAGGGUGGUGAUGACCGUUGGCUUGGUCGCUGGACAAUUCGUCAUCUAUGCGCAGUGCAAAACAUUGGUCGGCGCGCCGCCAGGCAUCGAGAUCCAUAAAGAGGACUAG